AUGUCUUCACCAAAUGUUCCCUCGGACCACCCAGCGUCUGACUCGAACAAUGCCUCGACAAAUCAGGCCUCGAACUCUCAAUCCCAAUCACAAUCACAGUCUCAGCCACAAGCUCAUGUACCCUCAUCGCCAUUAUUUUACGCUUCCUCGUCCAAUCCUGCGUCAGAAGCUAAUGCUCCGGCCACGGCAAGCACCCAUGGAGGCAUGUCGUCACCGUUGCACUAUAGUUCGUCGGUGCACCACACCUCUGGAGGACUUGAACUGAGUCGUCGUUCUGAUCGACUCACCAGUGAUGUUGAAAGAAUUGGCCGUCGCCAUCAAAGAAGUGACUUGAAUAACGAUGUGAUGUCGUCUCCGAUGAGACGCCGAAUGUUUGUUGAUGAAACCAAUUCUAAUCCACAAAGUUCGUCAUCCUUAUUACCGUCCGACUCUGGUGCCGAUGAGCCAGUUCGAGUGAUUUGGGGAACCAAUGUUUCAAUUCAAGACUGUUCCAAUGCGUUCAGAGACUUCUUAAUGUCGUUCAGAAUGAAAUACAGAAGAGUGGCAGACCAGCAAGACGUGGGACCAGAAGAUAACGAGCUCUUCUACAUCACCCAAUUGAAUAAUAUGCGUGAACUCGGAUUGAACAAUUUAAAUUUGGAUGCUAAGAAUCUUUUGGCUUUCCCCACAACUCGCAAAUUAUACUACCAAUUGAUCAAUUACCCACAAGAAGUGAUUCCCAUCAUGGAUCAAACAAUCAAAGAUUGUAUGGUGGCAUUGGUACUGGAUACUCACGAUGCCUCCACCAACUUGGACGAUAUUGAAACCAAUAUUUACACUGUAAGACCAUACAAUAUCAAUAUUGUCGAGCGUGGAAUGAGAGAGCUCAAUCCUAACGAUAUCGACAAAUUGGUAAGCGUUAAAGGCUUGGUUUUACGAUCUACUGCUAUUAUUCCAGAUAUGAAAGUGGCUUUUUUCAAAUGCAAUGCUUGCGACCAUACCAUUGCUGUGGAAAUUGAUCGGGGUGUAAUUUCUGAGCCUACCAAGUGUCCUCGUGAGGUUUGUGGUCAAACCAACUCUAUGAUGAUUAUCCAUAAUCGAUCUUCUUUCGCUGAUAAGCAAGUUAUCAAGCUUCAAGAAACUCCAGAUUUGGUUCCUGAUGGCCAGACACCUCAUUCCAUCAAUUUGUGCGUUUACGAUGAACUUGUGGACUCGUGUCGUGCUGGUGAUAGAAUUGAGGUGUGUGGAAUCUUCAGAUCGUUACCGGUAAGAGCUAAUGCCAGACAAAGAGGAUUGAAAAGCUUGUAUAAAACCUACUUGGAUGUUGUUCACAUAAAAAAAAUCGACAAGAAGAGAUUGGCUCCAGAUACCACCACACUUCAGCUGGAGGUGACAGACCGUGAGCAGGAAGUGGAACAAGUUCGGAAACUUUCUGAAAAAGAUAUUGCCAAAAUCAAAGAUAUUUCUCAACGUGAUGAUCUUUAUGAAUUGUUAGCUCGGUCUUUGGCACCUUCGAUCUACGAAAUGGACGAUGUUAAGAAAGGAAUCUUGUUACAACUUUUUGGUGGAACCAACAAGACAUUCAAAAAAGGCGGCAGGUACCGUGGAGAUGUCAAUGUGUUACUUUGUGGUGACCCUUCUACUUCUAAAUCGCAAUUGUUGCAAUACGUUCACAAGAUCGCUCCUCGUGGAGUCUACACUUCAGGAAAGGGUUCGUCUGCCGUUGGUUUGACGGCUUAUAUUACAAGAGACAUUGAUACCAAACAGCUUGUCCUUGAAAGUGGUGCGUUGGUUUUGUCCGAUGGAGGUGUGUGUUGCAUUGACGAAUUCGACAAGAUGAGCGAUGCUACUCGUUCGGUGCUUCACGAGGUGAUGGAACAGCAAACUAUAUCGAUUGCAAAGGCAGGAAUCAUCACCACUUUGAAUGCCAGAACUUCGGUAUUAGCGUCUGCCAACCCUAUCAAUUCUCGAUACGAUCCCAAUCUCCCAGUGACUUCCAACAUUGAUCUUCCUCCUCCGUUAUUGUCCAGGUUCGAUUUGGUCUAUUUAAUUCUUGACAAAGUUGAUGAAAAAAUCGACCGUCAGCUUGCAAGACACUUGACAGAUAUGUAUCUCGAAGAUGCCCCAGAAACCGUUAACACAUCCUAUGUUCUACCAGUCGACUUCUUGACGAGCUACAUACAAUAUGCCAAGGAGAACUAUGAGCCAGUGUUGACGGAAACUGCCAAACAAGAAUUGGUCAAGUCUUAUGUGGAGAUGCGCAAGCUUGGUGAUGAUUCAAGAGCAUCAGAAAGAAGAGUCACUGCCACCACUAGACAAUUGGAGUCGAUGAUACGACUUUCAGAAGCCCAUGCUAAGAUGAGAUUAUCUGAGACGGUUGAUUUAAUCGACGUCAAAGAAGCCGUACGGUUGAUAAAGUCUGCCAUUAAAGACUAUGCUACUGACCCUAUUACUGGAAGAAUUGACAUGGAUAUGGUCCAGACAGGUACCACAGCAGCUCAAAGAAGAAUGCAAGAUGACUUGGCGGCCCAGGUUAUGAAUAUUGUUGAAGCGCACAACAAUUCUAUUCGUUUUAACGACUUGAUCCACAGUGUGAACGAACUGUCUUCUAUACGAGUUGAAAAUAGCGACCUUAUUGAAGCCAUCAAAAGAUUGCAGCAUGAGGGAAAGUUGAUAGAAACGGGUGAGAGUCAUAGAAGAACCAUCAAAAAGGUUGCGGGUAUUGUUUAG